AUGAACUUCUUGUGGAAGGCAAAGACAACAGCAGUCUCUGAGUCAGGCUCGUUAAGCCACAGACACAAUGCGUCAGGGUUUUUCUCUGAAGACGAUAUACUGAAGUCCCAGCAAACUUCUAAACCAAAAAAUGGGCCCUAUAAUUUGAAGGAGUUUCCACGGAUAUUAGAGAAAAAUUUUGGAGAAUGCUUGGGAAAUAGGACAAAGAUAUUAAGCUCAUGGGCUUCUGAUGAAAAACUAGGCCUUGGCCCACCAGACAUGAUCCAUUUCACUUUGUUUGAUAAGUUUCAUCAAGAAGAGAUUGGCGAGUAUUUUUAUAUUACCGGGGUCGACCUCUCAAGUGAGUCUAUGCCAAUUGCAUUAUUAAAUAUGCUCAAAGUACACAUGGAACCAUCACAAAGAUCGACAGAUGGAAAAAUUGCAACUUACUGCUGCCUCAAUAUCUUUAGACAGCUGGACAUACGAAUUCGUUUCGAAUCUGAUAAAAAUUAUCAAGUCAGCGCCUUAGAUUGUCGCCCUGGAAAAAGUAAGGUGCAAUUAAGUAAUGAGAUUUGGGAGGAGACCUUUGUAAGUUCCUGUUUGAGAAGCUUAAUAUUUAAUAUUGAUCCAGUCAGAAAACUAGCCGGCCUUGUUGAGUAUCCAUUGGCAAUCUCCAACGGUGAAAUCAGCAAUUGUAAAAGGAUGAUAAGAGCGUUGUGUAAAUUUGUUCCUCGAGUAUUGGAAUGUGGAUGGGACUCUUCCAGAAGCGUCCAAGCGACGCUUAUACAUAACUACUUGACCGAAGCACUUUUAAUAUUUCUCUCCAUAGCGCCUGGUCUAGUAGAUUAUGCAAUCAGUACACUCAGAGGUUUUGCCGAAGAAGAUCCUGAUCAUGGUUUAUAUUAUAGUAUUGUUAUGAUAGCUAUAAUGGAUCAAGAAGCGGAAAAAGACGUCGAAAUGAUUGGGUUAAUAAAUAAUUUAUUGGAUCCAUUGAUGUCCAGGUUGGAUGAGGCACGUCCCAGAGACCCUGACUCCUUGCAGCUUGUAAAUUGCAUUUCGGAUCUGCUGAAUUUACAAGCAAAAUUCCUAAUAAGAAACGAGGAUUAUGAUCUAGCAUUAUCAGUCGCCAAAAUGUCCACCGAAUUAGCAUCUGAUUCUUUUGAUUCAUGGUUCUUUUUGGCUAAAUGUUAUAUGCAAUUGGGCUACUACGAUAAUGCACUAAUAUCAAUUAAUUGCAUGCCCCAUUUACCAGAUUGGGAUAAGUGCACACAGGCUGCAGUUCAAUGCACAUCACUUUUUGACUAUUAUAAAAGACCUCUAGGAGAUGCGGUGCCAAGAUGUGGCCUAACAUCUAUUGAGCUUAACAAUUUAAAUAGUUCCAUGAAAAAUUUGAAAGAUCAUGAGCUCAAACAGCUUAUCUAUGGGAGAAUUGUAAUGCCUGUUGAAACCAAAAGAGGCUGUAUUAAAGAAAUUUGGGAGAACGCAUGUGCCUCACUAGGACCAAUCUACGGCCCUCAUUCUAAAAACUUAGUUAACUUUGUUUCCCCACAGGAGGUUCAAUCAAUGACAGAUUUGAAGCUCCUAGCAAGGAAUACAAUAUCCAAACAAAUAAACUGGUUUCAUGAGCGUGUCUAUGAACUUCUCGUACAGAUAACCUCAACAAUCGGGUGGAAUGGGUUAUUGCACCUUAGAUCCAAAAUCUUCAUUAUGGAAAAAGAAUAUAUUGGUGAUUCUCAGUUAGAUAUUCGGGCUAAUGAAAGGAUGCCAAGAGGCCUAAAGGAAAAGCGACUUUGUGAACGAUGGCUCGAUCAGUUAUUUUUGGAUCUAUAUGAGGAUCUGCGCAUCAGUUCAUCUUCCCAGGAGCACAGGGGCGUCAAGUAUAAUGGACUUGAAUGGGAGCUUUUAGGACUGAUUUUAUUAAGAACAUGGAAGUGGCAGGACGCAGUAGCGUGCCUCAGAACAAGUAUUAUGGCCAGAUUCGAUAUAGUCAGUUGCAAAAAAUUGCUGGAACUUUUUAUGAGAGCUGACUCUCAUCACACCAAUGUGCUGGAUAUAGAUGUAGUACUUGAGCUUCUAGUGCAAAAGAUCUCAUACGAGGCCAGGUUUUAUGACGGAUUUCAGGUCGCGAAUUUACAAGUACUUUACAAGAUAAGCCAAUCCUUAGAUAUAGAAGUUAUACGUAACCGUGUCACAGCGCUUCCCUUUGCUGAGAGAGGCAUAGUGGUCAUGGUUGAAACUUUCCUCGAAUGGAUCAAAGAAAUGACCGUUCAAAAAUCAAGUACCGCUGUCCCAGCAAGUAUGUAG